GGUUCUAACAAAAACGGCAACAAAAAAAAAAGGUUUGCAGCAAAUCUCCCUUUUUGCCCUCUUUUGCGUGAAGAAGCAGUGAGUGAAGAAGGAAACAAAAAGAUAAAGAGAGUGAGAGAAAGGAAAGAGUAGCAACGACGAUAUAUACGGAGAAUCUCAGGAUCUCGAUCCUGUUUUUGGUUUUUCUACUUUCAGUACUCUCCAUGGCGGCGACGGAGCGUCAUCCUUUUGAGCUCGCUAAAGGCAUCAAUGGCCUUGAUAAGAUCAUCCUCCGCGAGUCUCGCGGCCGCUCUGCCGAGAUAUACUUGUAUGGUAGUCAUGUGACUUCUUGGAAGAAUGAGAACGGAGAGGAGUUACUUCAUCUCAGUAGCAAGGCCAUAUUCAAGCCCCCGAAACCAAUUCGUGGAGGGAUUCCACUAUGCUUUCCACAAUUCAGUAACUUUGGUACACUUGAAUCACAUGGAUUUGCUAGAAAUAGGAUCUGGGAAAUUGAUGCUAGCCCGCCUCCUUUGCCAUCGAAUUCUUGUUCUAAUGCUUUUGUUGACCUGAUCCUAAGGCCAACUGAAGACGAUCUGAAGAUCUGGCCUCACAAUUUUGAGUACAGGCUGAGGGUAGCCUUGGGGACCGAAGGAGAAUUAACUCUGACAUCCCGUAUCAGAAACACCAACUCUGAUGGAAAGCCGUUUACAUUCACAUUUGCUUAUCACACCUAUUUCUCUGUCUCAGACAUCAGUGAAGUACGGGUUGAAGGAUUGGAAACAUUGGAUUAUCUUGACAACUUAAAGAACAGAGAACGAUUUACCGAACAAGGCGAUGCAAUAACCUUUGAAUCUGAAAUUGACAAGAUUUAUCUAAGCACGCCUACAAAGAUUGCCAUUUUGGACCAUGAGAAAAAGAGGACUUUUGUUAUUCGCAAGGACGGGCUUGCUGGCGCUGUGGUGUGGAAUCCUUGGGAUAAGAAAUCAAAGACGAUCUCUGACUUGGGAGAUGAAGACUAUAAGCAUUUUCUUUGUGUGGAAGCUGCAGCUAUCGAGAGACCGAUCACAUUGAAACCCGGUGAAGAAUGGAAGGGAAGACUCGAACUCUCAGCAGUUCCGUCUAGUUACUCCAGUGGACAGCUUGACCCCAAGAAAGUCCUUGAGUGACUCUCUCAAACUCCAAAAACAUCAUACUUCUCUUCUCUUUAAUUGCAGUGUUAAUAAAGUUUACAUUUGCUUUGUAUAAAAACCAAGUGAAGGGAGGAGGAGUUGAAGAUCAUCGGAUAUACUAUUUAAAGAAACUGAGAUUGAAUAAAAUUGUUGCUUAAUGCUUCUUAGUUCUCUUUUGUAACGACAAACAUUAACGAUUUGAGGAUCAAGACAAGAGACUUUGCACCGGAAAUUUUCCAAUCGUUAAAUGUCGGUUAAUUAUACUUCA